AUGGGUUCAAACGAUCUCUCUCCUAAGGAAGCAGUCUUCAAUACCAGCCCCAGCAUUCGUCAUACGUCCACGUUAAACAUCCACGACCAGAGACAUGCCUAUGACUUUUUCAGCGCAAACUUCAUCACCGCCAUCAUCGGAUUGGUAUAUUUUCCAAGUCAUAAGAUUCCCACAUCUGCAGAUACCGCCCUCAAGCUUUCGACAAAAGCGGAAGCAGUCUUUAGUCAAGUCAUCUUUGGAUGGCUCGCAGAUAAGGUGGGAAGGAAGAAAAUGUAUGGCCUGGAAUUGAUCAUUAUAUUGAUUGGAAUAUUCGGUCAAACCAUAACUGGCGAGGGUCCUGCCUUUUUCUUUCGAGGUCCAUUGAUAUUCUGGAGGGUUUUUUGGGUAUUGGUGUCGGAGGCGACUGUCCUCUUUCAUCUGUGA